AUGCCGCCGCCGCCGCCGCCGCCCCCGGGGACGGGCCUCCCCGGUGUCCCCCUCUCCGCAGCCCCUUGUCCCCCGAGGGUCCCCGAGGCCCCCGACGGGACUCGGGAGUCUUCGGGGGGGUCCCCGAUGGGAGCCCCCCCGAGGGCCCCGGGACGGGUGUGCAGGGGUUCCUGGGUGUCCGGGCGGGUUUCGGGGAUCCCCGCGGGCGUCAAGGGUCUCCGCGGAUGCCGGGGUCGCCGGGCGGGUUCCCGGGGGUCGCCGAGGCCGCCCGGCGGGGUUUCGGGCUUCGCCGAGGGCUCCGGGCGGGUGGCGGGAGGCUGCGAGCGAUCCGGGGCGCUAGGUCAUCGUCCGGGGCUCCGAGGCCGCUGGCUCCCGGCGGGGCCGGCCAUCCCCAGCGGACCGGGCUCGCGGGCCGGCCGGGCCGGGCGGGUGGGCUCGGGGGUCCGGGGGACGGCCCGGAAGCGACCCCGCCCGGCCGGGGCCCCCGAGCGAGCGGCCGGCCCGCGCCCUCAACGGCCGGCGGCGCGGGGGGCGGGCGCGCGCGAGGCGGGCGGGGCGGCGCGGGGCCCCCGCCCAUGCAAGACCCCCCGGGCCUCCUGGCCGCCGCCUCCGCCGCUGCCUCACGGGCGGGCGCCCCGGGUCGCCUGUCGCUUCCGCGCCGCGCACGCCGCCGCCAUCUUGUUUACCGCCCUGCGCCGCCGCGCGCCCCGACGCACGGCCCGCCGCGGCCCCGCCCCCCGCCGCCAACGUGCCCGCCCGUUGGUCCCUGAGCGCCCCGCCUCCCCACGGGCCGCCGUCUCCCAUUGGCUCGUGCUGCGUGUCCUGAGAGGUGAUUGGCCGGCGCUGGGCCCCGCCCCCGGCCCGCUGUUAUUGGCCUGGACUGACGUCCAUCUGGGACAGGGGGGCGGGGCCGCGCGGGUGCGACUCCGAGAGGCCCUCGGGGCGGGAGGCGGAGACUCCCAGGCGGCGGCGGCCAGAGGUCGGAAAGUGGCCAAGUGCGUGCGGGUCCGCCUGGGGCGCUCCUGGGUGCGCAGCUGCGCCCUCGCUGCCGCGGGCGUCCGGCCUUUGGGAGGACGACGGCAGAGACCGGCCGAGUGGACGCAGACCCCAGGACCCCGGCAGCCAGGGGCGCCCCCAGCCCUGCCCCCCUGGGUCACACGUGGCCCUGGGAGCCUGGGCGGAGAGGCGGAAGGCGGGUGGCGGGCGGGUCCGCGCAAACCCGUCGGACGGGUUGGCCGCCGCUGGUGGAGCCACAGUGCCCAGGGGCCGGCGCGGGCCCAGGGCCCAGGGUCGGAGCUGGACGCGGAGCCCGGAGCCCCCGCCGAGGACAGGGUCAUUCUCGAGCGCACCCUGCAACCCGCCUACCAGGGGGAAGUUGAAGGAGGCCGGGACGUGCCCCCACCCCGGGCCUUGGCACCCCCAGACCUCCCGCCAUCUCUGGAAACCCCCAGGUGGCGGGUGCACCCCUCCCAGAUCGGGGGUCCUGCCCGAGGGCUUCCUGCUCUGGGCACCUCCAGACUGAACAGAAGCCCCAGUUGCCAGCUGCGCCCCUGUGCCCGCAGGAAGAGUGUGGCUGGUGGGCGGCCAGCUGCCCGGGGGCCCCGCCCACCGCCGGCCGCGGCCGCCAAUCGCACGAUCGCGCCGGGAGACCCCGCCCCGGGGCCCCGCCCCCACCGCGUGACCGGAAGCGCGCGGGGCCCCCAAGAUGGCGGCCGAGACCCGGAAGUGAGCGCGGCCGCCGCCGAUCGCGGAGACGCCGAGACGCCACGGGGCUCCGCGCCGGCAGGUCCCGGGUCCGAGGUGAGCGCGCCCGCCGGAGCCCCGGCCCCGGCCUCCCGGGUUGCGCGGGGUGCGAGGUCCCGGAGUCCCGGAGUCCCGGGCGGGGUCGGCCCCUCUUCCGGCGACUCUCCCCCACCCCCCCCCGUCGCCGUGAGCCUUGACCCCCGACCCCCGACCUCCGACCCCCGACCCCGCCUCCUGCCAGAACUUGGCCCCUGCCGCCCGCUGCGACCCCGCCUCCUCGUGAACUUGGACCCGCCGUGGCGCGGGACCCGGGCCCGCAGCCCCGCUCCGGGGCCCCUGACGCGCGGGGACCCCCUUUUCUGGGCCCCGCCGGUGCUGGGGGCUGGACGGGGACCCCGCUUUGGGGGGCCCGGGGGCGUCCCCGGCCGGGCAGGGGCGGCUGAGCGCGCUCUCCGACCCCCGACCCCCGACCCCGGACCCCCGAUCCCCCCGCCCAGGCGGCCCGGCCCGACCCUCCGCACAGAAGGAAUCACCCUGAUCCUCAGCACCCUGAUCCUCAGCACCCUGACCCUCAGCACCCUGACCCUCAGCACCCUGACCUCACCCCUGAUCCUCAGCACCCUGAUCCUCAGCACCCUGACCCUCAGCACCCUGACCCUCAGCACCCUGACCUGUUACACCCUGACCCUGAGCACCCUGACCCUGAGCACCCUGACCCUCAGCACCCUGACCCUCAGCACACUGACCCUCAGCACCCUGAUCCUGAGCAUCCUGACCCCUCAGCACCCUGACCCUGAGCAUCCUGACCCCUCACACCUGACCCUCAGCACCCUGACCUUCAGCACCCUGAUCCUGAGCACCCUGACCCUCAGCACCCUGACCCAUCACACCCUGAUCCUCAGCACCCUGAUCCUCAGCACCCUGACCCUCAGCACCCUGACCUUCAGCACCCUGAUCCUGAGCACCCUGACCCUCAGCACCCUGACCCAUCAGCACGCUGACCCUCAGCACCCUGACCCUGAGCACCCUGACCCCUCAGCACCCUGA